CACUCUCGCAAUAUGUUUCACAGAGGGUCGCACUAGGACUUUAGAAUUUAUUUAAUUUUUUUGGGGAAAGAACUCUCUAGGGUUAUCUUCAUUAGCCAUUUCCUUAUACAGUCUAAAAAUAGAGGAAAUCGGAUUACAACCACGCCUAUCUCCCAUACAAAAGUUAUGUGGAAAACUACUAAAAAUGUUUGAGUUCAGUAAGGAAAAACAUCAGAAACCCUAAAUGUUUCUGCACUCAAAAUGGUAUACACAAUUUUAAGUGGAUGUGGCUUCGCCCAUUUAUGAGACAAAAAUCAUAUCUUCGAAACUACUCGAUCAAUUUCAAUGAAAUUCGGUUCAUAAUAUUUUUCUGCCAUUAUUUCUCAUUGCUAUGUUAUGUAUAGAAAAUUGGUUCACUACCACGCCUACUUACCAUAUACCAGAACUUUGAAAUUGAUCUGAAUCGUUUACAGAACUUUGCACAAAUACUGCAUUUAUAUUGUGGAAUCGCCCUUCUAAAUAUCGGACCAUAAGUUUUCACAGCCCUCAUAUAUCGAACAAGAUCUCCGUGCUUCUAAUAAAUUUUUUACCGAAAAUAUAGCAAAGUCUCUCACAUAUUUUGAAGAAAUUCGUGGGGAAUAUUAUUCUUCGAAUAAUCUGUCUCCGUACCAAAAAUUAGUGAAAUCUGGUCAUAACUUCAUCUAUCUCCCACAUACCUAAUAACUUUCAAUGGACUUUAUACCAUUGAAAAAUCUCUUAAUAAAAUUAAAUAAAUAAAUUGCGAGAGAGAGAGAGAAAAUGUUCGGUUACACCCGAAGGGUUGGGCUAAUCUUCCUUACUUGUUAUAUUAGUUAUUGUUAAUUUAUAAUAUAAUAUUUGAGUAGAUAGAACCAAUACUGGAUACUACAAUUUUUAAUUUACUCAAAUGCAUACGGAUGUAAGUUCGAAAAAAUAAAUAAAUGAAGAAUGUCAUGUCAAUGUUUACAUAUAUUUAUUGAUCAAAUUCCAUUUACUGUUGCGGAACAAAUAUUCGUUUUUUCCAUUAAAAUACCUGGGAAAAUGGCAAAGCACAACAAUUUAAUUGGUGUCAUUAAAUGUGAUACUCUCUAUGUUUCCUUUACCGUACAUCAGCCACCCGAUUUCAAAGAAAUUGCAAGAGUACAAAAAAAUAUUAAUGUGUUGCAGCCACAAGCGGGCUGGUUCGAACAGGAUCCAAUGGAUAUUAUUUCGGCAGUUUAUACAUGUUGUAAUGAGGUAAAUACGCUGCUGACGAAGAAAGGCUCUUCGGUCGACAACAUUGUAGCGGUUGGCAUUACCAAUCAACGUGAGACCACAAUUUUGUGGGAUCCACGUACGGGUAAACCGCUUUAUAAUGCAAUUAUGUGGAAGGAUAUACGCACUGAUCAGAUGGUGGAUCGACUUGUAGCGGAGGUAGAUUCACAACAUAUCAACCAUUUUAAGUUAACAUCGGGCUUACCGAUAUCACCAUACUUUUCGGCGCUGAAAAUACGUUGGUUGAAGAAUUAUGUGCCUAAAGUACGUACCGCAUGCUUGGAAGGACAUUGUAAAUUUGGUACAAUUGAUAGUUGGAUUGUAUGGAACCUUACUAACGGUGAACUGCAUGUGACCGAUGCGACAAAUGCUUCGCGCACUUUUCUCAUGAAUAUUCAAACAUUACAAUGGGAUCCACUAUUAUUGCGAACAUUUCAUGUGGAUCGGAAAAUGUUACCCGACAUACGAAGUUCAUCUGAAAUAUUUGGCCGCAUCAAAAAUGAUCGUUGCAAUGGAUUGGUUGGCAAGCCGAUAACUGGCAUUAUUGGCAAUCAUCAAGCGGGUUUGCUUGGCCAGUACUGCGUUAAGCCAGGUCAAGCGAAAAAUAGUUAUCGGUAUGGAUUGUUUUUGCUCUGCAAUACCGGCGAACGUUGUGUUAUUACAGAUCGUGGUCUAAUCACAACAGUGGCAUACAAAUUUGGGCCCCGGAAAAAGGCAAUAUAUGCGCUAGAAGGUUCGGUUCCUGUUGGAGGAGCUUGUUUGACAUGGCUGGAGACACGCUUACGUUUCAUACGUAAUGAAGAUGAGGCACACGCUAUUGCCGAGGCUGUGGAUACUACUGGCGAUGUUUACUUUGUACCCGCUUUUACUGGUCUCUAUGCGCCGCACUGGGAACAAUCUGCUCGUGGUCUAAUCAUCGGUCUGACGCAGUUCUCAACGAAGAAACACGUAAUACGUGCUGCACUCGAAGCGAUUUGCUUUCAAACUCGUGACAUCAUUGAGUGCAUGUACGAGACGUGUGGUAGUCAGAUAAACAAAGUCUAUGUCGAUGGACCGUUCUCUGAAAAUAAUAUGUUGAUGCAACUGCAGGCUGACACUUCAGGGUUGGCAGUGUAUCGCGUUGAUCUGGAUACAAUUUCUUUAGGUGCAGCUCUAUGCGCAGCCCAGGCGGACGGUAUCGAUUUGUUUACUUUGGAUCUAAAUAGGUCUUAUGAAGAUGAUUUAAAACGGGAUCUAUUUUUACCAACAAAUACCGAAAAUGAUCGCAUGCAACGAUAUGGCAAAUGGAAACGUGCGGUUGAGCGUAGUAAAGGUUGGGUCUCGAAGAGACCGGGAAGUGAUCUCACUGAUUCAACAUAUAGAAUGCUGGCUUGUAUACCAGCUGCUGGCUUCAUUUUUGGUACUUUAUGCAUGGUUUUACUUGCAGGUUGGGGGAAGAAAUAAUAAAGAAAAGGAGUGAUAACAGAGAAACAUAUGUAUUUAUGCUUUCUAUUACGAUUGACAGAUAUGAAUUGGAAGUCAAAAUCCAGCACUCGCAUUUAAUGUAUUACAUAUAGUAUAUAUGCAGAUAGUAUUCUCUCGUUUGUGGCAAAGUUAACUUGUUUUCGGUAAAACAGUUUUCUCAAAUAUAUAUGGAUAUUUGUAUACAUUAUCGAGGAAACAAUUACUUAUAUCAGGUUUCAGGGAGGAUAGUUCAACUAUUUGUAUUUCGUUCUCUGUUUAACUUCUAUUCAACAAUUCUAUUAAUUGGGUUGCCGAAAGGGGAACUAGUACAAAGAACUGCGAGAAAGGCCAAGAGCAAAAAAUAUCUUCAAGGCCUUUCAGACGGUCAGUCGAAGGGAGAUUAUUUAGACUAAAAGCUCUAUCGUUGGUAAAUUUAUAAUUAUAAUACGCAAUUGAAUAUAAUAUAUUUACAUAUUAUAUACAUACAUAUGUACAUAUGUAUUGUAUGUUCCAAAAAAAAAACUGAUUUCUGAUUAAACUGAUUUCUUUUUUACCUAGAUUAAGUUAACAGAAUAGUUCAAAGUCUGGUUGAGAGGAAUUUGUAUUUAAAUAACGUCAAAUAUAUACUCAUAUUCUCUUCUGCGUUAUCUAUAAGUACGGCAGGAGCACUUAAAUAGUCAAAAAUAAACACACAUUCCGAUGCAUCAUGCCGCUCUUAUUAUCUUCAAUUCGAUAAUAAAUAUUACUGAAUAAUUAGUUUUAUUAUCGCAAGUGUUUCUUUGUAAAACUUUAAAAUAAUAAAACUGUAUAUAGGAGGAUGGGAUCAUGUGUAGAAGUUCACGCAAGUGAGGAAAGUUUUUGAUUGUCAUUCACUUGGGAGUGGUCAGAAACGAUUCUUCUCCACGUGGUUCAAGCAGCUCACGACUUCCGGUUUUAGACCAAGUAUCCUCUGGGUAGCCAACAGACAUCCGUUUGAAGGCGAGCUAAAGUGAGAAGGCGAAGCCCGCUUAUGCGGUUGUGCGUAGGGCUUGGGACCCACCACAUAAAAACGAAGUACCAAUGAAAAAUCUACGAAAGCCUCGGAUGAGACACCCCCCUUUUGAUGACGACCCCUGCAAACGUUUUAAGGAUAAUGAUAUAAGGGCAUGCACCUGGAAUGUCCGGACCCUUAAUUGGGAAGGUGCCUCUGCCCAGCUGGUUGAUGUCCUCAUACGACUCAAGGCUGACAUCACCGCCAUCCAA